AUGGUUCUUUCUACUCCCACUGCCAUUAAUGACGCUUUAGAAGAACGUGUUGGUUCAACAAGAAUAUUCAGCACAGCAACUUUAAAUUAUACAAAUGUAUCAAAUGAAAUAUCAUCAAUUCAAUUAGAUUUAUAUAAUGGGAAAUUACCAGAUUUAAGAAUUGAAGAAUUAUUUAAAUUAAAACAAGAUUUAAUUAAUAAAUAUUCUACCGCAAAGACACAAAUUGAUCAUUCUAAAUUAGAAUAUGAAAAUUUAAUUAGUGAAAAUGAUCAAUUACAAUCUUAUUUUUCACAAGAUUCAAUAUCAGAAAGGAAAGCUCUAUUAUUUAAAAAAUUUCUGGAGACAAAGAAAAAAAUUGAAGAAUUAAAUAAAAAACAAUUUGAAAUUAAAGAUAUUAAUAGAAUUAUUGAAUCUUUUAAUAGAUUACAAGAAUUACAAUAUACUUCGGAUGAACUUGAUGAAAUAUUUGGUGAUGAUGCAGAAUUGAUUAAAAAUUCACCAGGAGUUUCCAAGAGAAGGGCAAUUAUAAAAGUUGAAAAAGAGAAGAAGGCAACUGAGGAUAAUGAUGUUGAUAUCGAUAAAGAUGGAAAUGAUGAUAGAGAUGAAACACCAUUUUUCGAAGAACAAGAAGUUAUAAAAUAUGUUUUUAAAGCUAAUUUAAAUAAUUCAGUUGAUAAAUUAAAAGAGAUUCAAAUGAAUUUACAAAAACAAUUGAAUCAAUUUGAAAAAGAGAUUAAAGAGAUUAAAUUAGAUUAUAUUAAUGAUGUAAAGAAAUUUGAAGCAAUUAGAAAGAUAGUUGGGUAUGAAGAUGAACAACCAGAAGAACAGGAACAACUAGAACAACCAGAACAAGAAGAACAUGCACCAGUGGUACAAGUAGUUCCUACUGAACAAACACAACUCCCAGUAGAACAAGAUGAAGAUGAAGAUGAAGCUUUAAAAGUUAUUAGAGCUCCAGGUUCUCAAAUUGAAAGAGUCGCUCAAGCUUGUGAUCGUUGUCGUUUAAAGAAAACAAGAUGUGAUGGGAAAAGACCUCAAUGCUCUCAAUGUGCCGCUGUUGGUUUUGAAUGUAAAGUUAGUGAUCGAUUAAGUCGUCGUGCUUUCCCAAGAGGUUAUACUGAAACUUUAGAAGAACGAGUACGUGAAUUAGAAGCUGAAAAUAAAAGAUUAACUUCCCUAUUAGAUCUUAGAGAUGAACAAAUGGAAUUAUAUAACAAGUUGGAAAAUAAUAAUCAAGAUCAAUUACAACAACAACAACCAUUAAGUUCUUCAAAUUUAUCUUUAUUAAAUAAAGGUCAUGAUCAAAAUCAAUCUCCAAUUACCAAGAAUCCUUCUUUAUUAACUGAAUAUAUAGAUCAUGAUCCAAAACAUGUUCAUUCAGGUCCUGGUUGUUGUGCAAAUUAUCCUCAUAGUGUUAAUGAACGUCCUGUUUCCAUUGCAGGUUCUGUUGAUUUAGAUAAUGGUUAUUUAACUGAUGAUGAUGCUUUGUCAUUCAAUCAUGAUAAUGAUUGGAAUAAUCAUAACAAUAACUCACACUACAAUCACUUCAAUAAUAAUCCAAAUAAUGUUAGUUUUGAACAAAAUCAAGCUCCAGGUUUACCUGCAGCUAUGGCAAUUGCUAAAAUGAAUAAAUCAAAUAGUAAACAAAUUCAAUUAGCUACAUUAGUUGCAAUGGCAAUUCCAAGAUCAACAGAAGAAACUUUAUUUAUACCAAGUUUAUUAAGUAAAAUUGGUGAAGUUCAUGGAUUAGAUUCAAAAACUUGUUUAACCACAGCAAGUGCAAUGGCUUCAUUAAAAGAAAUCCCAAAAAUAAAUUCCAAGAUAAUUCAAGAACGUAAUAAUAUUAUAAAUUUUUCAAAUAUAAAUUUUAAAACUAUUUCCAAGGCUGAAUCAAAUUUAUUUUUUAAUAAUUUAAAAUUACCACCAAAAUUUCAUUUAGAUCAAUUAAUUACUAUAUAUUUCCAAGAAUGGGGGUUAAUUAUUCCAAUUAUUGAUAAAAAUGAUUUCUUAAAACAAUAUGUUUCAUUUUCUCAAUCAUUUGAAAAUAAAUUUAAUGAUAAUAAUAUGGUUCAUAAAGAAAAAUUUGGUGCUAUAAUGAUUUUAAUAGUUCAGUUAGCUUUAUUAUGUCAAAAAAAUCAAAAUAAUUCUUCAAAUUCACCAAAAAGUGAUAAUUCAGAUCCGGGAUCUAAAUUUGGUGAUGCUGAUAAAGAUCAAAUUUUAUAUUAUGAUUAUUUAAUUCAUCAAUUAAUUAAUUCAUCAAUAACAUCAACUUGUUCAAUUCAAUCAUUACAAAUAUUAAGUUUGGCUUUAUUUUAUUGUUUAAAUACUGGUGAUGUUAUAACAAGUUAUAAUUUACGUGGUCGAGUAAUAACAAUGGCUCAACAAUUAAGAUUACAUAGAUGUCCUUCCGCUGUUUUGGGGAAUAAUGGGUCUACUGUGUCAAAAUUUCAUCAAGCUGAAAGACGUAUCCUGUUUUGGUGUAUUUAUACAUUGGAUACAUUUGCUUCAUUACAAUUAGGUGUUCCAAGAUUAUUAAAAGAUUAUGAAAUUGAAUGUGCUUUACCAUUUGGUAAUGAUAAUUUAGAUGAUGAUAAUAAUAUUAAUAUUUUGAUUGUUAAUAAUAAUCAAAUUCCAUUAGUUGGUAAAGUUUGUAAUUUAUCAUUAGCUAUAAUGAGAUAUUCAAAAGUUUUAGGUAAUGUCUUGGACUCAAUUUUCAAGAGACAUAAUCAUUCAUCAUUUGAUAAUUUCCAAGAAUUAACUUUAAUUCAUGAAAAUUUAUUGGAUUCUUGGAGAAGAGAUUUACCAAAUAAUAUUAAAUUUGAAUUAGAUGUUAAUGGAUUACUCAAGAAAAAUUCAAGUUCAAAAAAUAAUGAUAAACAAUUAUUAUUAGUUUUAUUAUAUUAUAGUGCAAAAAUUCUUAUACAUUUACCAGUUAUUGCAUCAGAAGUUAGUAAAAGUCGUGGUUCAGCUUCUCAUAUUGUUAUUCAACAAUGUACUUUAGCUAUAUUAAACAUUUUAUCUGAUUUAUAUUCUAAAAAGACUUAUUAUAUCCCAAUCCCAAUGAAUAUUUCAAGAAUUAAAUCAAGAUUAAGUUUAUUAAGUGCAAAAGGUUCAUUAGAAUAUACAAGAGGUGGUGCUUUAUUCCAAGAAUCUAAAUCAAUUUUACAAAAUAUUAUAAAUGAAUUGAAAAAUGAAAAUAUAAAUGAAAUUCCUGGUAAUUUAUCCAAGAAUUGUGUUUCAUUACUUGAAAAUGCAAUUGAAUCUAUAUUAGCUUCACCAAACUCGAAUUCAUCAUCAACACCAACACCUUCAAAUAAAAGAUCAACUUCAGAAUUAAAGAAGAAAGGAACAGGAAAUACUCUAUCACCUUUGAAAAAUGGUGUUGAAAUUUCAAGAUCUCGUGCUUAUUCACAUAGUGCAGCUUCAAAUCAAAGUUCAACAGGAAUUAAAACAGAAUCAAAUGAACAAUUAUCAAAUAUGUUAUCACAAUUAGAUAAUAUCCCACCAAUUUCUUAUGAUUCAAGUACCGCGGCUCAAAGAGUUCCUGUUAAUAGACAAAGAUCUGUUAGUAUUUCAUAUCCAACAAAUAAUAAUAAUAGUAAUGGUAACUUCAUACCAUCACCAAAAGAUCAAACAACUUCAAAUAGUUUUAUUAAAAAUCCAGGACAAUUUCCUUCUCAACAACCACAGAGUAAUAGUGGUGAUAGUAAUGGUUCUUUAGAAGAUCAUCAAUCUGUUGAUUAUGAUUUUGGUGCAGAUGGUUCAUUAGGUUUAGCUCCAUGGUUAGAUUUUGAUUUGAAUGGGUUUGAUUUUGGUGGAUAUAAUGUUAAUGUUAAUGGUGAAUUAACACCAAGUCAACAACAACAGCAGCAGCAACAGCAACAACAACAGACUUCAUCAUCACAUACUUUUAAUUCAUUUGAUUUCCAACACUUUAAUAAUGUUACUACACCAGGUUUAACAGAUUCAAAUAUAAAAUUAGAACCAAAUUUAACUGGUAAUUCUACAAGUUCAUUUGGUACACCAAUAAAUACAUCACAUUUAAUUCCAAAUCAACAACAACCUCCAGUUCAACAACCUCAACAACGUCAAAGAAGUGGUAGUUUAUUUGAUUGGCAGAAUUCAAAUUUAGGAGUUUGA